AUGGGCGAAUUCAUCGACUACUCGAAGCCCAUCAAGUCGGCACGCUCGACUCCCCAGCACUCGCCGCCGCUCGAAGACCGCGACGACCAGGUGGGGGUGAAGUCGGCGAGGUUACCCCGAGACGACGACCAAGACGAGCAGCACUUGCAACCGCCACGACGCCCUUCACGCAAAAAGUCUCGCUCGAGCUCGCGGUACAGGACGGCGGAGGAGGACGAGGACGGGGAGGUCAACGGACAGAGCGGCGACGUUGAGGAGACCGGGCAGAGGCACUUCCUCGCAGCGUCCCCGCUCGACGGACGCAACGGCCCCCAAAUCGUCGAUUAUUCUCGCCACGCUCGACCCAAGUCCUCGACCUUCACCGAAGACUUCGAAGCCCCUCCUUCGCCCUCUGCUAUCCCCGUCAAGGACUUUGACGACCAGGACGACGACGACGCCGACGAAGAAGGAGACCACCGACCUCCUCCUCGUUCCGCUCCUCAUCGCCGCAGUUCCCUUUCUGCCGCCAAACAGCCCGUCUCUCCGACACUCCAGAAGCCCAAGUCGCCACCCGUUUCGCCGAAACAUUCGGGCCCUCGCAAACUCGUCCGCAGAAAGUCCAAGUCGGCUCGCGAUUUUGAAGCGGAGAUGGCUGCUUUGAACGUGAACGGCGGGGCGGCGCACUCACAGCCUCGCAACCAUGUUUCGCCGACAUCGUCGAGAAGCGGAGACGGCUACAUCUCGCCUCCGCCGCAGUACCAGGAGCGACCGCUCAGUCGGACUCGCUCGCGCAGUCGCAGCCGCACGAGCGCUGCCUCUCCUCCUCCUCCUGCCGCUGCUCCUUCCUCUCCUCCGACUCGCCCCUACUCGCAGUCCUCCUCCCGACCGUACAACAACGACCUUCCCUCGCGCAACGACGACGAGGACCCCCUCUCCCUCACGCCCCAAGACAGGCAUUACCUCUCUCGUAUCCUCAUCAACCUCCAGAUGCAGAAAGAGUUCAGCGCCCUCUCGCAAGUCGGCACAUUGACGCGGUAUGGUAACCCGUUUUUGUCGGUCGCGACGGGUCCGAAUUCGAAGCCUCGACGAGCGGAGGAGGCGAAGGGAGGGUUGUUUGGGCUGCUCGGAGGCGGCGCGGAGAAGCGUGAUCCGGCGUUUGAGGGGUACAGGUGGGACGAGGAGGAUGUCGAGGACAGCCCGAUCUGUCAGUACCUGUACUGGCGCUUCCUCUACAACAUGCCUGGCCUGCGCAACGCCAAGCUCGAGUACUGGCAAGAGAACAUCCAGCCUUUCUUCGACUCGUUCGCCGAGCGCGACCUGAGUUCGACAGUCGAGCGCGGUGAAGUGACAAAGCGACGCAUGCUCUCGCUCGGAUUCGUCCGCGUCCUCGGCACCUACUACUCGACCUGCUACCGCCCUCUCGGUCCCUCCGCGCCCGCCCGCCCGACCAUCUCGAUGAUGCGCAAGAUCGACCUACUCGUACCCGGUAGCAUGGACAACAUGUGGAAGAUCCUGUUCCCCGACCGCAGGGUCGGGUAUAACGCGUGGGUUGCGGUCGUGCAAGAGAAGGAGGAGAGGGGAGGGACGGCCUUCCGCAUCGUCUCGCGCGUCGUUGUCGCGCCGGGACAGCCCCUCUACCAUGCCCUUCAAUCCUGGCCUGCCAUCCAGUCCUUCGCCUCGUCGCUCGCCUCGCUCGAUCCGCAGAACAGGCUCGACCUCCCACUCCUCCCUCACGCUUCCUCCUCGACUCCUCCCUCCCGCCAGACAAUCCAGCGCUACCUCCGCCUCCUCGUCAUCACCCUCUCCGCGCCUCCGCCCUCGCUCGAAGGCUCUCCAGCCCUCACUUCCGCCCGCGAGAAACUCGAAUCGUUCCUUCUCGGCUCGUCGAGCAACCAGAAGAUUUCGGGACGGGAUUUGGCCGAGUGGGUUAGGCGCGGGGAGGAAGAGGAGGACAAGGACGAUAAGAAGCAUGUCAGGUGGGUUGAGAUGGGUAGGAAGGUCAAGAAGUUGAGGACGACAUGGGCGAACUAUCGCAAGGCGUUGAUCGAGGGCGACGAGAUCGACAAGUCGAUGGCGCAGGUCAGGAGGGUCGCGCAGACGUCGUCGCUUCCUGCCGAAUACCGGGAUGCGGAGGAGUGGGCGACGAUUUGGGUCGCCGGGAUGUUGCACUACAUCUUCGCGGGUUCCGUCAACGGUCCCGAAAUCUUGAACAUCCUCAAGAGCUUCCACUCUCUUAUCCCUUACGGACCGAUCAAGCUUGGUUUGAGUCUCGUCAACCCCACACUCGCCAUCCGAGCGAUCGUCCAGCUUCUCCUCGGCCAACCCGCCGGCCAGCUCUCGCUCUUCCAGCGCAUCUGGCAGAUCGUCUGCAACGCCGCCAACCGCCACCAGCGCAAGCUCAUCGAAAAGUUCCGCAAGCAGCUCGGACACGACUCGAUUUGCGACGCCUUGCACGCGCACGUCCAGGAGGGAUAUGUGCAGCGCCAGAAGACCAAGAAGGAAGCGCUCGACCGCGACGAGGACAUCGUCUUGACCAUCCUUCGCGAACGCGGCUCUCAGCGAGACUACGAGCUUGUGGAGGGCUGGCACGAAGACUUUGUCGAGUCGGGCGGCGACCCGACGCACUCGAGUGGCGCGAAGAGCUUCGCUGAUCUGAAGGAGCUGCUCGCCGCCUACUACCGGUACCGCGACCGCGAGCAGGUCCUCGCCAUCGCGCUGGAAGCCAACACGCCUCGCCUCUUGCACGCCUCGAUCGCCACAUUCUACCAGACGAUCCACGACGUCGCCAACGCCUCCAAGCUGUCCGAGCGAGUUGGCGACAUCCAGUACUUCCUCGACGAUAUGAUCAAGUGCUGCGAGACGGGCAAGAUGACGCGCGCCGACUUUAUCAACCUCGCGCGCCGGCACCACGAGAAGGUCUACUACUUCGUCCGCGAGCUUGCCACGGGCAACGAGCACCUCCUCGACCCGCUCCUCGACUGGUCGCGCUCUGGCCUCUCCUUCAUCCGCUCCGGCAUCCCUCCCUCGCGCUCAGCCUCGCACGACUCGCCUUCGAAGCGCGCAGGCGUCGACCUCGACGCCCUCCUCCCCUCGAACCCGAAGAAGCGCGAGAAGAUCCUGCGCGAAGUGCGGUCGCAAGUCAAAUGGACGCGCUUCAAGAAGGCGCAAACCGACAUGCAGUUGCGGAUCGACUUGCUGCAGGCCGACGCGGGCGAUCGCAAGCAGUCGUGGGAGUGGAAGCUCGACCGCGAGGCACUGUGGCAGGACUUCUUGGCGCAGCUACCGCAGGAGGAGGUUGUCAGGGAGCCGGAGGGGCUGGAGACUCGGAUGGGUCCGGGUGGAGACCUCGAAUGGGCGUGGUGGGCCGGCAAGGACGUUUUCGGCGCUGCGGACAAGGUCGGUGUCGUCAAGGCGCACCGGGAGAGUGCGGGCGAGGCGUACCGCGAGGUCGAGAAGGAGGACAAGCCUGCGGCGGGCAAGAUUGGCGGCGCGAUGCUGGGUCGCAAGCUGUCGAGGCGGUCGUCGAACGUCUCGCAGGUUAGGAAGGAUGGGUACCGCGAUGCCGAGGAGGAUGACGAGGCGUACGAGGACGGGGAGGACACGUUCGCGAACGGGCGGUGGAAGCGUGCGGAGGAGGAGCAGCUCGCCAUCCCCGCCGCCAAGAUCGAGGCGACCCGCGGUCUCCUCGGCAAGUACAUCGACCAGAUCAAGGAUUCGCUGGCCGAGGCGCGGAAGAGGCAGAUCAAGUGA